UCCGACCUCACCUGGACAGCGGGCGGAGCCAGAUGAACUGCCUGACAGGAAGCUGGUGCUUAGCUCCAAACCAAUUAGCAGUAAUUGGAGGAUUAGAGGCCUCAGAUGAUCUGCUCCUAAUCACAUCAGGACCAGCUUUAGGAUGACCCGAGGCUGCUCACUCACAUUCACACCUCCAGUCUCACUCAGAGCUGCUCUGUCUUGCUUCAUGCUGGUUCCUGCAGGUGUUCCUAUUGUUCAUCAUGGGUCAUAAGUCUGCUGUCCAGUUCCUGAGAUCUUUCUGUAAGGGAUUAUAGCUCUAAUUGAGAUCUGAACAUUUCUCUGGAGACGCUUGGACCUUUCAGGACUCUUGUCAGCCAGAGCUCUAUGAGACAACACCAUGCCAUUCAUGUCUCUGAAGUUCAACCUGCAGAAGCGGGUGAAGCUGGCUCAGGGUCUCUGGAUGCUCUACUGGCUCGCCGUCAUUGUGGGUAUCAUCAUCUUCAGCCUCGGCAUCUUCUUUAAGAUUGAGUUGAGAAAGAGGAGUGAGAUCAUGGACAACAAUGAGAGCCACCUGGUGCCCAACCUCCUGAUCCUGGUGGGAAUAUUGUCCUGCGGCCUGAACGCUUUCGGGGGGAAGUUGUGCCACGACUCUCUGGACCCCCAGAAGUUUACCAAGAUGAAGCCAAUGCUGAAGCCCUACAUGCUGCUGUGCUGCGGCUUCAAUGCACUGCUGCUGCUGCUGGUGCUGCUCUGCAUCCUCAUGCAGUUUGCCGUGUACCUGACGCUGGCCGAAGGCCUGAAGAAUGCCAUCCGCUUCUACAAGGACACGGACACCCCGGGACGCUGUUUCAUGAAGAGGACGUUGGACAUGACUCAGAUCGAGUUUCGCUGCUGCGGAAACAACAACUUCAGGGACUGGUUCGAGGUGCAGUGGAUCAGCAACCGGUACCUGGACAUGAGCAACGACGUGGUGAAAGACCGUGUCUUCAGUAAUGUGGAGGGGAAGUACCUCAUGGACAGUGUCCCGUUCAGCUGCUGUAACCCUGGCUCCCCCCGGCCUUGCAUCCAGCAUCACCUGACUAAUAACUCCGCCCACUAUGAUUACGACCACCGCACCGAGGAGCUGAACAUUUGGUCCAGGGGCUGCCGUGAGGCCGUCUUCUCCUUUUACAGCAGCAUCAUGACCAGCAUUGGAGCACUUCUCAUCUUCACCAUCAUCCUGGAGGGGGUGGACGUGGCGGGUCUGAAGUACUUGAGCACGGCUCUUGAGACCAUGGCGGACCCGGAGAAUCCUGAAUGUGAGAGCGAAGGUUGGCUGCUGGAGAAAGGCUUCAAGGACACCCUCGCUGACAUGCUCACCAAAAUGAAGACGCUGGGACGGGCCAACCAGGUGGAGGAGGGCGGGGACUCUCCUGAGGCCGCGACCUGAAAGCCCCGCCCAACACAUAAAACUGAGGUCUCCCCCUCCCCCCACCCCCACAGCAGCCAUAUGCCCCCCCCCACAAGAAUGGGGGCCACGAGAGGAGGCGCCGUUUUCAAGGACCGCACAAACACCACUAAGCAUGUGCACCCAACAUUCAUGACACACACUGAGACAUAAACACACACACACCAACACACCCAACAUGGGUUGUUUCCGGACUGUAAAUAUGUCAAACAGGUUACAUUUUAAAAUAAACAGAACCCGGCUGCUGUAUAUGAAUCUGAUGGAGUCCAGGUGACCUGAGCCCGACCGAUACCAAUGACUUGGCUCAGCUGGCAUCCAACGUGUCGGACAUGUAGUUGCUGCUGCAGUUCAACAGUUUGUCCUGCAGAGGGCGCAACUUUGAAGGACUCUUGCCAAACAUAUUAUAUUAUAAUAAUAUAAUAUUCUAAUUAGUUAUAAUAUAUAUAUAUAUUUUUUUUUACCUUCUCAUUUUUGUUUGUGUGUCGGUGACGUUCAGUAUCGGUCGGGCUCUGGUCCUUUCCACCACUGACCUCUGGUGGGAUCGGUUGUUAUGGAAACAGGCAGCCAAAGAGCAGGUCAACGUACACCGUUUUACACACCUGCAGGUAAACUCUUACACAUCUGGAUUUUACAGUGAAGUUUAUGCAGGAUAAUCCAGCUGUGCAUUAGGCGUACUGUUGGGGAUACACAGCUGCAGGCAGGAAGUGAUGUCAACAGACAGGAAGUCCUGCCAUAAUUACACAUAUGCUGUGUCCAAAGUCAGGGGCUGCAUCAGAAUCAGGGUCUACGUAGGCCGGGUGCUUCAGAGGCCACCAAAACUGCAAAGACCAGAAAUGAUUGGCUGUGAAACUGGACAGUCUGUUCCCACCCUUGCCUCAGUGCAACUUCUGUCACCUAGCAACCGUGACAGUGUGAGGAACUCCAGCAGUUGUAUCGUCGUUGUUGUAUCUCAGCCUCUUCUGUAAAAUGUUUUGUUUUCUUAUCUUUUCAUUUUAUUCUCGUUCAUUACUUAGAUGUUUAAAAUGUUCAAAAUAAUCUUUAUGUUCAUAGAUAAAAAAUAGUACAUAUUGAUGACAAAUACCAUUUGUUUAAUUUAUUAGUUAAACUUAUAACAACUUAAACACUGAUAUUAACUUUGUGAAGCUUAAAUCAAUUUAUUUGUAAAGCAACUUAUUCAGGUUCCUGUCUUUCCAAUGCAGCGAAUAAUCUGUCCAUCCGAACCCGUCCAUCAGAUCUGGAGAGAUGUCGGGUGCAUUUGGGCGAGCCUUCGAAUUUGGACAAUCUUCGGCACCUCGCUAGGAUGUAAUCGGCCUACAAACGUGGCCUUUGAAGGGUGCAGCCC